AAGUCAUUUUCCCUUCCCUCUUGCGUUGCAAUGUCGUCACAGCUUACGCCGAGCAGGAUUAUUACCUAUAUAAAUCCAUAACCCCCUCCUCCUUCCAAAUUGAAAAACUCUGUUGGCUGGGUAACAAUAUCAAUUAUCAGCUGUAAAAAUGGCGAAGGCAUGGUUUUACAAGGAGUAUGGAUCUGUAGACGUCCUGCAAUUUGGGGAAAUCCCAAGUCCAAGUGCAGGGCCUGGGCAGGUUUUGAUUGAAGUUCGCGCAGCUGCUCUCAAUCCUGUGGAUUUCAAGUUACGCCGAUCACGCAGCGGGGAUACCCCGUUUCCUGUGGUGCCCGGCGCUGACGUGGCAGGAGUUGUUGCUGAGGUGGGCCAAGGCGUCUCCAAGUUUAAGAAGGGCGACGAAGUUUACGCUGACGUUCUCAAAAUUACAGAGGGAGUCCCUAGGCAGGUGGGCACUCUGGCGGAGUACACGGUGGCAGAAGAGCAUCUGUUGGCAUUGAAGCCCAGCAAUUUGUCUUUCGAGGAAGCCGCCAGUUUGCCGCUUGCGCUCCAAACUGCCCUGCUGGCGUUCGACACCGUUAAUUUUCAAAAGGGGCAGAGCGUGUUUAUUGUGGGAGGCGCAGGAGGCGUGGGCACCCUGGCCAUCCAGCUGGCAAAGCAUGUUUUCGAAGCUUCUAGAAUUGUUUCCACUUCCAGCACGGGAAAAGUGGAGUUUGUGAGAAGCCUGGGGGCAGAUCUGGUGGUGGAUUACACCAAGCAGAGCUACGAGCAAAUAGAUGAGAAAUUCGAUUUUGUUUUCGACACCAUAGGGGAAUCGUUUAAGUCUCAUGUGGUUGCAAAGGAUGAGGGUAAAAUUGUGGAUAUUGCGACAUUUCCACCGCACCAGAAAGCAGUGAACGUGUUUGUGAAGCCCAAAGGCAGCGAUCUGGAAAGGGUGGGCAAAUACAUAGAGAGCGGGAAACUGAAACCUGUGAUCGAUCCAAAAAGCCCGUAUGCUUUUUCUGAUGUUGUGGAGGCAUUCAAACACCUGGAGAGCGGGCGAGCGAGAGGAAAGAUUGUGAUUUCCCCCAUUGACUGAAUGUCCUUUGUGUACAUAAGGUGCGAGUGAUAUGUGAAUAACGUAUCUGUAUUGAUGCACUUGCGCCUUGUCAGAGUGCAACGCUUGUGUGGAUAUUUAAGUAGAACGGACUGUAAAUUGAAGUUCGUCUCUGAUAGCAAUCCUUACAAUAAGACAAUAAAUUGGGGUCCAUGAUGUUGUCAUAACUUGUCGUGUACACAUCAGAUUGUUGAUGCCUACACUUUCAGAUUUACAGUCAGAUUUACACUUUCAGAUUUA